AUGAGCUAUCCACACUACACACAGCAUGGAACAAAUCGCUUUCGACAAGCUGUCAACCGAGAAGUUGCCCUUUUUCUCCAGCGCAUCGAGAGUCUAGACUUUGGCGAUGAGGGCGAUGAUCUCGGCAAGCUUGCAGAUCACGAUGGACCUGACAUAAGCCAGCAAUAUGAUGACUAUGUUGAAAAGAAGCACCUCAUCGAGCAAAGAAAGAAGCUGACGCGUGCAAAGAAGUGCGAGCUGGAAGACAAGCUGGAACAACUUGACCACCGUCUAGCCUAUGCUGCCCGGAAGACUCAGGACCUUCUCAGGGAACUCGACGUAAAGCGCCGCGGUCCCAACGGGGCCGAUGCCAAUGAGGCUUUGGCACGGUACAGAGCGCAUGAAACGCAUCGCUAUAACCUCUCUGUAGAACGCGACAAAGUCAACAGUGAGCUUGGCCUGCUGCACAAGCAUGUCAAAGGAGGCUAG